AUGCCGCCUCGAAAGCAGUGGAUUGAUAAGAAGAAGGCAACUACAUAUCAGCUCUUCCACCGAUCCCAGAAUGACCCGUUGAUCCAUGACCCAGAGGCCGAUGACCGUGUACUGCAUGCGGUCUACGGACCGCCUCCCAGCAGUGGCCAGUCCUCAAGCCGGGGGAAAAACCUGACCGAUCUGGCCGAUGAAUUCAGGUCCACCUCGAUCCGGAAAAACGAAGGUGAAGCCGCCAAUUAUGGCGUUUUCUUCGACGAUACCAAGUAUGAUUACAUGCAGCAUUUACGCGAGCUUGGGACGGGCGCUGGGGAUGCGUAUUUUGUGGAGGCCAAGACCAAGGACAAGGGAAAGGGGAAAAUGAAGCUCGAGGAUGCGCUGAGAGGCAUGUCGAUGGAUGACACAAGGAGUGAGCUCGGCGGUGUGAGUAUCUACGGAUCCGAUAUUCGUUCAACCGCCUCGUCCUAUGUUCGCCAGCGAACGUAUCAGGACCAGCAGGAUGUCCCCGAUGCGAUUGCGGGAUUCCAGCCGAACAUGGACCCGCGGCUCCGCGAAACACUGGAGGCACUCGAGGACGAGGCCUUUGUCGAUGAAGAGGACGGGGACGAUCUGUUCGGCCAGUUGACUGCCAAUGCGGAAGAAAUGCACCCCGGUGACUGGGAGGAUACGCUUUUUGACGACGAUGACGAGGGCUGGGAGUCGGAUGCCACCGAGAAAGCCCCCGUGCAGCCAAGUCAAUCCGAUACCCUUUGUAAAGAUCAGGAUGUAGAGUCACACACGGCCCCAGCACCGGGGGAGUUGCCCCUACAUGAUGCGCCGGCGCCGGAUAUGCACCCUGAGGAUCAGAGCUGGAUGCGUGAGUUUGCUAGGUUCAAGAAGGACGCCAAAACCAGAGCCGACCCGGCUGCUCCGCCGAGCAUUGUGCCUUCGGAGCAGCGCAGCACACUGGCCUCCACAGUUUUCACGGCUGGGGGCACUCCCAUCCGCCGCAAGAAGCGCAAGGGCGCCUUGACUAAUCCGUCGGCUUAUUCGAUGACCUCCUCCUCGCUCGCUCGUACAGAGGGACACCGGCUGCUGGACGACCGGUUCGAGCGGGUGGAGGCGCUCUACGCGUUGGACGAGGAAGACGAGUUCGACGAUAGCAUGUCCAUGGUUAGCGGGAUGACAGGCAUGACGGGCAUGACGGGCAUGUCGGGGAUUUCGACUGCUUCAUCGCAAGCUCCCAGUUUGGUGGACGCCAAUGGAGCCGCCGUGGCCCCUCGGCAUGGGUUCAAUGAUAUCAUGGACGACUUCCUCGCCGGUUGGGAUAACAACACCAGCGCCCAGGCGAAACGGAAGGGCGCCAAAGCGAAGCGAGGCAAGAACGGCAACGAAGCCAUUGGCAUAAAGAUGCUGGACGAGGUUCGUCAGGGCUUGGGCCCGGCUCGGGUACCGGGAAGAGUUCCUGGCCGAGCAUAA